UCGCCACCAUCCAGUCGAUACGCGUAGACAAGACGCUUGUCCUCGCCGCAUUGAACACCUCUACGGCUCUACCACCGUUGUACAUCUCUUACCAAGUCCUCUAUAAAUACAAAGCCUACCUCCUUCCUCACGAAUCAUAUUUUCCAACUGCGUCACCGCAUUUUUAGAGAGAGCCAAAGCCAAAUUACGAGCUUGUUCAGUACUUAGGGUUUUUUCGAUCGAUUCCAUUGAUCGAUCUUCCACGCAAUUAAUCUUUCAGACAACUCUGCUUGAAUUUUCACAAAAUGACAAUGACAUUCGGUGAUGGUCAAGAAACUGACAAGAAUAUCGCAAUAUGGAAGAUCAAGAAGCUGAUCAAGGCAUUGGAAGCUGCAAGAGGAAAUGGUACCAGCAUGAUAUCAUUGAUCAUUCCUCCUCGUGAUCAAAUAUCACGAGUUACAAAAAUGCUUGGUGAUGAAUUUGGAACUGCGUCCAAUAUCAAAAGUAGGGUUAAUCGCCAAUCUGUACUUGGUGCAAUCACAUCUGCUCAGCAAAGACUGAAGCUUUACAACAGGGUGCCUGGCAAUGGACUUGUUCUUUACACAGGUACAAUUAUGACUGAAGAUGGAAAGGAAAAGAAAGUUACUAUUGACUUUGAACCUUUCAAGCCCAUUAAUGCAUCUCUGUACCUUUGUGACAACAAGUUCCAUACUGAAGCUCUCAAUGAACUGCUUGAAUCCGAUGACAAAUUUGGGUUUAUUGUGAUGGAUGGGAAUGGGACUCUUUUUGGGACUCUUAGUGGCAACACUAGAGAAGUACUUCACAAAUUCAGUGUUGACUUGCCGAAGAAACACGGACGAGGUGGGCAGUCAGCUCUGCGGUUUGCACGUCUUCGGAUGGAGAAGCGGCAUAACUAUGUGAGGAAGACGGCAGAGCUUGCUACACAAUUUUUCAUUAAUCCACAAACCAGCCAGCCUAAUGUUUCUGGGCUUAUACUUGCUGGCUCUGCAGAUUUCAAGACCGAGCUGAGUCAAUCAGACAUGUUUGAUCCUCGCCUUCAGGCAAAGAUACUGAAUGUUGUGGAUGUUUCUUAUGGUGGGGAAAGUGGUUUCAAUCAGGCAAUCGAGCUGUCUGCUGAGAUCCUGGCCAAUGUGAAGUUCAUCCAAGAGAAGAAGUUGAUCGGGAAGUACUUUGAGGAAAUUAGUCAGGACACAGGGAAGUAUGUUUUUGGAGUGGAUGACACACUGAAGGCUUUGGAGAUGGGUGCGGUGGAGACACUGAUUGUUUGGGAGAAUUUGGAUAUUACAAGGUUUGAGCUGAAAAACAGUUCUACUGGUGAAGUAAUCAUUAAGCACUUGAAUAAGGAACAGGAGGCUGAUCAGGACAACUUUCGUGACACUGAAACUGGGGCAGAUCUGGAGGUUCAAGAGCAGAUGCCAUUAUUGGAGUGGUUUGCUAAUGAAUAUAAGAAGUUUGGAUGCUCUCUUGAAUUUGUGACUAACAAAUCACAAGAGGGGUCACAAUUCUGCCGUGGCUUUGGUGGGAUAGGUGGGAUCCUUCGCUACCAGUUGGAUAUGAGGUCCUUUGAUGAAUUCUCCGAUGAUGGUGGAGUCUAUGAGGAUUCUGACUAGCAAUUAACCUCUAUUUCUUCACUACCGGUGCUGGGGGAAAUGAAAAUUCCCAGCACUGGUGAGGGAGCUGUCGGGGUCAGUUCGGCAGCUGCUGCUCGGUCAAACCAUGGUCAUUUUUCAAAACUACAAAAUGAGGUGGUUCUUGUUGCCCUCACUUGUCUAAUGCCUGAUGGAGAUGCAAGUGGUGUAGAUCAGCUUCCAGUUUGUGAUGGGAACUUUGCUCCCUCAGUGGUGCAGAGGCACGACCCUUGCACUGGUAUGGAAGUUGUUGAGGCCAGUUCGCCAGCUAAUGCUCUGUCAAAAUAUGACCAUGUGUUAACGUUACAAAAUGAGAACAGGUGAAUGAAGGAGAUGAAAGCGUUAACAAGAUAAGAAGCAAUUUUUCCUGAAAUGGGAGCUAUCUUGGCAGAACAGGUGGAUCUUGUUGAGUUUUGUGGUGAAGUGAUGCCCGGUGGAGAUGCACAGCUUUCAGCACUUGUUUAUUGAGGAUGCAGAACUUCCAUGUGUUCUGUUGGCAGUAAAUUUUCCGUGAGGUGGGAGAAUUCGUUUAAUUCAUUCUUUCUUGAUGAGAUGGAACACUUCUGCUGGUGGUGGAAAAUGUUGCGCAUAUCUGAUAUAAGGGGUCUUGAUGAAAGCCCUCUGAGAUCUUUGUUAUCUUGAAUUCGUGAAUUGUGAUGGCUACUAUUUUACUAGUAUCUGGUAUUGUGUUUAUUAGCUAGCUUGAACUGCUGUAGUUACGAUUGUUGCUCCGCAAACAUGUGGCAGAGAGCAUGGGUUUAUUGCUUCUGUUGUCUUGAAUAAAAUUUAGUGGUGUACUCAUUUGUGAUA